AAAAUUACUUCCGCAUUCAUUUGCAUUGAAGACUAAUGGCAACUCUGGCCAUAAUCCGUUCCAGCUGUGUUGAUUUUUAGUUUUUUUGUCUAUUGCGCAACUCAUUGAACUUGGAUCCCCGAGGAAAGAAUAGAAUUAGAAGAGAAGUACUCAAUCAGCGCACAGACACACACACAGACACACACAAGCACGUCAAAAUGCAAAAUCCAAUUCAAAGGUUGGUCUGCACAUUCGGUCAACGAUCCUACGGCCAAUUGCCGCUUUUUGGAGUAGUUGCGACAACAACAACAACAUCGAGAAGAAGCACAAAAUCAGUCCAACCCACCAUUAUGGCCAAUUCCAUACGUCAAUCUUCCUCCUCCGUGCUGGCCACGGAGUCCUCCAACAAGGGAAUGAUUAUCAUAAACCGUCCGAAAGCAUUGAAUGCCAUCAAUUUGGAAAUGGUGCGAAAGAUCUAUAAGCAUUUAAAGAAAUGUGAAAAGUCGAAAUCUCUGCUGAUUAUCAAAGGUACAGGAGAGAAGGCAUUCUGUGCCGGCGGCGAUGUUCGUGCUCUAGUUGAAGCCGGACCCACAGACGAGUCGAAGAGCUUCUUUCGUGAGGAAUAUACAACGAACGCUCUAAUCGGCAACUACAAGAUUCCCUACAUAGCCAUUAUCGAUGGCAUCACAAUGGGCGGUGGAGUGGGUCUUAGUGUGCAUGGGAAAUAUCGCGUGGCCACUGAUCGCACACUCUUUGCCAUGCCCGAAACGGCAAUAGGACUUUUCCCCGAUGUGGGUGGCUCCUACUUUCUGCCCCGACUGCAGGGAAAACUGGGUCUAUAUCUGGGAUUAACUGGCUACCGUCUGCGUGGUGCUGAUGCCUUUCAUGCCGGAAUUGCCACCCACUAUUGCGAUGUUAAUCAAAUACCCGAACUGGAGACGGCACUCCUCAACUGUCCCGAUGCUGAUGAUGUGCCCGACCUAUUGAAGAAAUUCCAUUCGACCCCUGAAAAGGCAUUUACACUGGAACCAGUGCUGGAGAAGAUCAACAAGAACUUUGCCGCAGAUUCGGUUGAGGGCAUUCUUGAGAAUCUGCAAGCAGAUGGCAGCGAUUGGGCUAAGAAGACGCUAGAGACGCUGUGCAAGAUGUCGCCCACUUCCAUGAAGGUCACAUACAGGCAGCUGGAGUUGGGUUCUCAGCUGUCUCUGGCCCAGUGCCUGAUUAUGGAAUACCGACUGGCCGUGCGCCACUUGGAACGCAGUGACUUCAAAGAGGGCGUCCGCGCUCUGCUCAUUGAUAAGGAUCAGCAGCCCAAGUGGCAGCCAUCCACAUUGGCCGAUGUCAGUGAGGAGCAUGUGCAGUGGUUCUUCCGCAAAUUGCCAGAUACCGAGGAGCUCAAGCUGUAAAUCUCAAUUUCAGUUUGUUCGUUUUGAUUCUCGUUUUUUUUUCUCCCGUUUUCGUUUGGUUUGUUUUUUGCAAAAGCUUGAUUUCUGCAUGGUCGCCCGCCCCGUUCGCCUGCAUUUUUGCCUGUCUUCAGUUACAGUAAUCAUUCGAUAAACUAGCUUACAUGUGUAUAAAAUAUCUCUUUUUUUCUAUCUAUUCCAAACAGCAGCGACUAACCUCAAGCGAAACACUGUAAACAAUGUGAAAUUUGAUGCAUUUAUUAUCCGAUAUACAUAAUUAUUUACAUUUAUAUAUGUGGUAUAUAUCUUUUAUAUACAAUUGGUAGUCUUAAAUCAAAAAACUUUAAAAUUGUGCCUAGAAAUCGUUUAACAACAAUAAAGUGGAUUAUAUUACGUUA